AUGUCCCUGCGUGUCAACAACUGUCCUGCAUCAGAGAGUGAAUGGCGAGAGAUUCUCAAGAGCUUGUUUCAGCAGGAACCCCUUCCGGAUAUUCAAGCUACAGCCACAGUGCAAAGCGAAAAGUCUAUAUCAAUCACCCUUCGUAAAGAGGUCCAGGGUAUUACGCAACGCUUUGGUGCAAUCACUUUGAGCCAUGAUCCAGAUGAAGCCAUCGAACUGUUUGAGUGGUGCGGUGCAGCUGUUGAGUCCUCUACUAGCAGUAAGCAAGCCGCGGCCGACCUGGCUGUCAAAUCGACUGAAGCGAAUGCCGCCGUCGCCCAGCUUCAGUCUCAGCUGGAAGACAUGAUCAAAGCAAAGUGCGAGGAUGAGACACUAUUGUUGAGGAGGUUCAGGGACCUCCUGAAUGAGAAGAAAAUAAAAAUUAGGGAACAACAACAGGCAUUAGCGGCUCUAGCAGCAAACCCCAGCAUGGCAGGUCAAUCACAACCUUCACAGGCUGUUACAGUUGAAGUCGAGCAGCCAAAGCAAAAGACAAAGUCAAAGCAGCGUUCUCGACAAGCCGCCAAGUCCAGGCCUGCAAAGAGAAAGGCGCCUGCAACAAGGCGAGUGGAAGAGUCCGAGGAUGAUGCUGGUGUUGACACCAUGGAUGUCGACGUCAAACGGGAGCCUGAGGAUACAGAUCCUGGGAACACAACGGAAGCAACUGCAUCUGUCGAUAGCAACGACGAGGAUGAUGUUGUUAUUCAGUUGAAAACAUCCCAGCAAAUCUAUGGCUCUACAUCCGUGGCUGCUUCUCAAGAAAAGGCGUCUGCAAAGGCCGCCGAAAAGCCUCCGCCACCGCGAGCUCUCCCAUUUGCAACAAAAAAGACUGCACCUACGCCUGCUGGUGAUGAGACAGAAUCAGAUGACGAGCUUUAA